UGUACUUGCAUAACCCAGUUUUGUGGUUCAAUAACAAAAUGCUGCAGUUGUGGAAAAACAUACGCACAGUGCAGCCUGUCCGCUUUUGCUCAGCGCUUAGUAGCAGCGGAGCAACUCCAACAGCGGCACCUGAGCCUGACAAACUUUACAGCAAAUUGGAAGUGGAACUGCGAGGUGUAGACCCUUCGGUACUGAAAAGCUAUACCUGGUUUGCAACAACCGCCGCCGAACACUUGGGCAUCGAGUUGGGGAAGUGUUGGUCUCCACGCAAGGCACACCAUGAGCGUAUGACGCUAUUGAAAUCGGUGCACAUUUAUAAAAAACAUCGCGUACAAUAUGAAGUUCGUACACAUUUUCGCUACAUGAACUUUCACAAAUUAACUGGCUCUACGUUGGAUACAUUUCUGGAGUACAUUGAACGCAAUCUGCCUGAGGGCGUCGCGUUGCAGGCAUCCAAGACGGAGCUCCAACAAAUACCAGAACAUCUGCGGCAGCCACCCGAGCAUGUCUAAAGCCUUAAGUUAACUCGAUAAGCCAACUAGCUGUAAGUUGUUGCAUAUGAUUUAUGCCAGUUUUUGUAUUUUUACAGUACAUUAAACUCCUUCAAAGCGCUAGAUUAUGUGUAAAUUGCCAGCAGCAAAUAUAAGUCUAAUCUAAAGUGUUAGCCUAUUGAUAA